AGUUGUGAGGUUGAUCCACUCAAAAUGGUUGGCUGUAACCAAACAAUUCUUGAAAGGAAUCGUCAACACCUAACUUAUAACGUUCAAGCUGCUUGGGGCAAAAUUGUUAAUAGUACAAGCUCAUUUCCGUUGGAAUUGCGUGACAUUUUCGACUCGCUGCGACGACGUCUUGAAAAGGCUGAUCGCCGUGAUUUGGCCGAUACGCUCAUAUCGUCAAGUAUUUUCCUGAGGUUCCUUUGUCCAGCCAUACUCAGCCCGAGUCUUUUCAAUUUGGUAAGUCGCUCCGUCUAUCAUUUCGUUUGUCAUUAUUACUGGCAUUUUUGA